UUUACCUUUGUUGAUUUGCUUUAUUUAAUUAUUUUCCAUCAGUUAUCCACUUGGUAAGUAAGAUUACCCAUAACCCAGACUUCUCAUUGUACCACCAUCAUGGACUCGCAGUAUUCACAAUUCAGUCAACAGCAGUCGGCUUAUGAUGUUAAUCCUUACCACCAGCCUUACCAAGCGAAUGCGUACGAGUAUGAUGUCGGCAUACUUGCGCAACAGAGUGUCUAUGUUCCCGGGGCUAUGAUCGAUAAGCGUGGAGGCGCUGGUGGGAAACUUGCAAAGGGUGGAAAGCGCACUACCGUGCUGCGUAAGGGUGGUGGAAAGGUCUGGGAAGAUCAGACUCUCCUCGAGUGGAAUCCAUCUUGGUUCCGUCUGUUCGUUGGAGAUCUCAGUAACGAUGUCUCAGAUGAUGUCCUUGCGAACGCUUUCAAUCAAUACACCUCUUUUCAGAAGGCCCGCGUCAUACGCGACAGAUUGAGCCAGAAGGCGAAGUAUGGUUUUGUUGCCUUUUCAGAUCCAGAAGAUUUCCUCAAAGCUUGGAAAGAGAUGGAUGGUAAAUAUGUAGGUAACCGUCCAGUCAAGCUCAAAAAGGCGGAUGAUACUGCUAUCCGACCUGUAGAGAUAGGCCACCGAAAGGCUAGACAGCUCGAGAAAGACUUGAAGAAGAAUAGGCGCAAGCCUUACUAAUCGACCGCCGUUCGCGCCGUUGUGCAUUUGGUCGACGUGUGGCUAGUCUGUGAAGACAUUGCCAGUAUGUUUUAUUUCUUGAUACUGGAGCGCAGCUCACCGUGUUAUGUAUUUCAACUAUGAAAUUAUGAUGAUGGACACGAUGCAUACUAAAAGGCAGAAGAUCAUAGUGGGUACUGUUCCUUAAUCCCCCACACUUCCACUUCGUUUGUUGCAUUUCACAGUCAGGCCUACUAUGCGCGCUUCUUCAAAAGCGAGCAAUUUCGAUGCAGUGUGCUCUCAUUGCUGUGCGGCCCAUGUUGAUAGUCACUAGUCACUGAUGGAAUGGGAACGCUACGUUCCCGACAGUC